GCGCAGUUUGACGUCGUCGGGUCGGGAGAGCUUUCCGACACGCGGUGGGCGAUGUCAGCUGUGACUUCUGAUUAAUAAGUCGCAGCAGAAGGAAGAUCAACACCUGGGGGACGUCCUUUAUCAGUUCCAGACCUGCUGAGUCUGUUUCAGGACCAUCAUGACGGCACAGACACCUUCUCCGUCCAUCCUGAGGGAGUUCAGUCCGCUGUACUACCUGCUGAACGCCAUCCCAGCCAAGGUGCAGCGGGGCUUCAGGUCUGUCCUGGUCUACCUGACGGCUCUGGACAGCAGCUCGGACUUCCUGGCGGUUGGCAGCAGCAUCGGCAUGCUGUACCUGUACUGUCGCCGCCUCGCACACAUGAACAAAUACAGCGUGGAGGGAAAAUGUGACGCCAUCACUGCUGUGAAGCUGCUGAGCUGUUUCGACGACCUGGUAGCGGUUGGAACAGCUUCGGGUCAGGUCACGGUCUUUCAGCUGGUGUCUCCACUUCCUGGUCGUAACAAACAGCUCAGGCGUUUUGACGUCGUCGGCUUCCACAAAGGCUCCGUCUCGUUUCUGACCUGGAGCGCCAACGGCAUGAAGCUGUUCUCCGGAGACGACAGAGGGCGGGUGGUGUUCUCUGCUCUGGACCUGGACCAGGGGGUGUGUAAACCUGUGCUGCUGCUGGAGGAGCCCUCGGCUGUGGUUCAGAUGGAAUACAGUCACCAGAUGCUGCUGGUGUCCACGCAGCAGAGGUCUCUGCUGUUCUGCACACAAACACAGACGGUCUCACAGCUGGGCACCAAACCCCACAGGAGCAGUGGCAGGUUUGGAGCCUGCUUCCUGCCUGCUCUCUGUAAACAGAGUGACCUGCAGGUCUACGCUGCCCGAUCUGGACUCAAACUGUGGAGGUCGGAUGUCAGAGGUCAGGUGGAGGACACCCGACUGCUCAAAUCGCUCUUCAACACGCAGAUACCUCAGUUUGAGUUGUUCACUCGACCCGAUCCGGCUGGAGCAUAUCGCCCGGUUGACCGACAGCUCGGUCUGCUCAGCUGUUUUCUCAAAGAGGGUUGGAUUMUCAGCUGGAAUGAGUACUGCAUCUAUGUGUUUGACUGUCUGAACCAGGUCAUAAUCGGUGCUUUGGAAAGCUGUGGAGACAUAGUGUCUGUGUCGGYGUGUGACAACGAAAUCUUCAUCCUGAAAGGAGACAGAGACAUCAUCCGUCUCUCCAACACCCCAGAGGGAGUUCCGUCCAACUUGCCACCGCUCUCCAUCCACCUUCCUUCACCUUUGACCUCGCCCCUCGUCCUCCAGCCGACCGGAUCAGUGGGAGCAGCUCACACAAUCAGAACAGUGGCCAUUGUCGUAGAAGAAGACGACAAAGAGGAGCUUGGUGGCAGCGAGAUGCUGUUUAGAGAGGAAGAGGAGGAAGGAGUGUUGGCACAGGAGGCUGAAGAGCUGGAUGACCAGCCAGAGGUGAUGGAGCUCUGCCAGCCGUCUGGUUYGCACAGUGGCUCUUGUUGCCUCAGCAGCUCUGUCACUUCCUGCAACAGUCUUCCAGAGAACCCUGCCGUCGCCGCUUCCUGUGCGCACAGCCUCAGACGCUACAGCGCCCCGCUGAACCAGGACAGGAUGCAGCAGGAGCUGGUGGUGAAGUCCGUCAGAGUGAACAAGAAGAAGAAGAGGCAGCAAGACAGCAGCAGCAGAAACAGUUUGGUGGAGACGAGCAGCUCAGACUCCGUGUUUGUGGUCCAAGAUGGCGACUGUACCGGAGAAGAAAGUGGGACUCCUACAAAUGACCCGGCAUUUUGUGUCGGUCCUGACCUUCAGAGCCAGAGGACUCCAGGAGAUAAAGUUCUGAAGGAUGGACAGGAAGUGGAACUCUCCUUCAACACRUCUGAGUCCAUCCCAGACUCCAGCUCCCUGCUCCUCCGUGGUCUGGAGGAGCAGCAGAACCCAAAGAGAACCUCAGCUCCUUCAGAGGAACCUGCAGCCCUCCCCACCCCAGACGUAGACCAGCUGCUGGAGUGCUCCUUCUCCUACAUGAAGAAGUCUGAGGAAGACGAAGGGCAGGAGGAAGAGUUUCUCAGUCCUUUGGCUGAGUUCCACAAGGAGAUGGAGGAGCACCUGCCUCUCUCCACGGGUCCCGGAGACCAGAUGUUUUAUUCUACGGUGUCCAAUCUGGACAGGAAUCCUAGCGUCUCCAGUGACGAGGACGAGGACAUCUACUGUCCCAGUCUUCCCAGCGGAGGAAGCGCCGUCUCUUGUCCAUUGAAUGAGACAGAGAGGACAGCAGAAAGACAAACAGACCUGGAGGUCCAAAACAGAGACCGGCUCAGGCCUUACCAGCUGGCAGAAAGCUGGAUGGGAUACUCGGGUCCAGGAUGUGGAAUUCUGAGUCUGCAGGUGACGGACAGGCACGUCUGGUGUCUGGACUUCAAAGGAGGACUGUUCUGCAGCCCUCUUCCUGAAACUGGACUCAGCUGGCAACACUUUGAAGACAACGUUCACCAGGUGGCGCUAUCCCCCUCAGGUAACUUGCUGUGGAAGAUAGAGCAGAAGAGCAUGACGGCGUUUGCUUGUGCCAAAGUGUCGGUUAAAGGAAAACGUCACUGGUACAAAGCCGUAGAGCAAACAGCCUUCGUCGCACUGAGCGAUGACUCCGCCUGGAUCAUCAGGACAAAUGGAGAUCUUUACCUGCAAACAGGUCUGAGUGUGGAGCGGCCCUGCGCUCGCUCUGUGAAGGUGGAGUCUCCGUGUGUGUUCAGCCAGGUGUGUGUGAGAGCAGGUGUUCUCUGGGCUUUGAGUGAACACAAAGCCUUGUUCUACCGAGAGGGACUGAACAGCUACUGCUGCGAGGGCGAAGGGUGGAAGUACGACACCGUCAGUGAAGCUCAGGGACUGGAGAUGAUUUGUAUUUCUCUGGGACACGGUGGAACUGCCUGGGCUCUGGACGCYACCGGCAGCCUCUGGUUUCGAACCGGCAUCUGUUCGUCCAAACCGCAGGGCGAUGACAACCACUGGUGGCAGAUCAGUAUUUCGGACUAUGUGGUGUUCGAUCAGGGCAGCUUCUUCCAGACGUUGCUGCAGGCCACACAGAGCAUCGCCACCGUGACCAGAGCUCCCAUGGACCGCGUGGUGGCCUUCCUGUCGCAGUACUCGCAGUGCCAGCCCAGCCUCGUCAGCGCCAACAGCAGUGGAGUUUGGGUGGCCUCGGGACAGAACCAGGUCCACCUGGCCCGAGGCAGCCUCGUGGGAACUUUCUGGCAGAAUGUGGUCCCCAGAGGAACGGUCUCGGCCACCAGGUGGACCUUCAUCACGUCUUCACCUGUUUGUCACGGAGAAGGUACGUUCCUGUGGUUGGCUCAGAGCAGGAAGGAUCUGUUCUGUGUCCGAGAUCUGGAUGGAGAGCUCCGCCCAUCCUCAGUGUCCCUCCCACCUGAGAUGGAGUUGUCUCACCUGUCCGCCUGUCUCGACGCUCUGUGGGCUUUGGACAGCCAUGGCAGAGUCAGCAUUCGAUCGCUGUCCUCUUCCUGUCCCAUCGGUCUUCACUGGACCCCCCUGGACCUGAGUCAGCUCGGAAGUGUGCGUCUGGUCAAUGUGAGCUGCGGCAGUCAGAACGUUUGGGCCGUGGACAGUCGAGGACUCGUCUACUUCAGAGUCGGAACUCAGCCGCUCAAUUCCAGCAUGAUGAUGCCGGCCUGGAUCCCCAUCGACCCGCCUCUGCAGCCAACCGGAGUGCAGGUGGUCAGCAUCCACACGAGUCCCAACGAUCGACUCCUCUGGGUUCUGGACAACAAGGGAAGUGUUUUUGUCCGGACCGGACUGAGCGACGAAAUGCCUGUUGGGACCGGCUGGGACUUCGUACCAGGGCUGGCGGUCCGUCAGCUGGUCCUCAGCUGUCGGACCGCCUGGGUCCGGUGCGUGAACGGAGACUUGGCCCGACGUUACGGCAUUUCUGACAAAAACCCCGCAGGAGAUUACUGGAAGAAAAUCCCCGGAAACGCCAACUGUUUCACUGUUACGGCAGAUGAAGACUUGUGGGCGGUGACUCCCAUCGGCGGACUGUGCCGCAGGCUGACCAAGCUCCUCCCACAGAUGCCGAGCAGCCCGCCGCGCCUGGACCCGGCCCUCGGAGGAGAUAGCGUUGACGAUGAGUGGGAGCUCAUCUGACCCGGUUCGUCYGGUCUGGGUCCACUCUGAAGGACGCUGUGAUGUCACUUUAAAUAAGGGCGGGACAAAACUCCAAACAAGACAAUUUUUUUUUUCUUUUCUUUGURACGGAACAUUAAGGAAAGAAACAUUUGUUUUAUUUUUGUAAUAACAUAAAGCACUUUAACCUGGCAGGUGUGUGGAGGGGGAGGGGCUUAUCUAAGUUUACUACUGUUUUUUUGUUUUUUCUUACAGCCCACUUCAAACUGGUACAAACUGGUUUGAAGUCCACUGUAGAGUUUUUCUGCCUGUUAACAAAAUAUCUCACGAGCCACUGGACUGAUUUUUUUUUAAUAAAACUCAGAAGUUAACUGGAUGAACAUCUGCAACUUCAAGAUGGCCGCCACAGCUGGUCGACCUGAAACUCAGUCGGUUCUUUCGACGUGGAGCUGAAGUUUGUUGUGGUCGUAGUUGAGUCACAUCGUAACCCUGAGAGCUGACGGGUCAAACGAGGUGCCGGAUGACGGGCAACCCUUCAAGGAACGCUGCUUUUAUUUAUUUAUGGGACGUUGGACGGAUCAGUCYGUCCAGGUUUGGACCUGAGUUUACAGAUGUUUAAAUGUUUUAUCAGUUCCGGGUGGAUCAGGGACUUUUCAGAGCUGUAGCAAAGGUCAAAGGUCGURUCUGAUUUCUAAAACCAGGAUUUCAGCCUCAGUUGAGUCUGUUGUGGUUCUAAAUGUGGACAAUAAAGGGACACUAAACCAGAUUAUUAACAAAAAUAA